AUGGACCCACCCAAGUCAGAAGUGGCAGAGCUCGAAAAUGCGAAGUCAUCUCCCCUUGAUCGACAUGGCGACCACGCGCAACAGCAGAAAUUGACACGGAAAAUAUUGUGGAAGCUAGAUAUACAUAUUCUCCCCAUACUAGCACUCCUUUUCCUCAUGUCAUUUUUGGACAGAACGAAUGUCGGUAAUGCGAAGAUUAUCGGUUUAGAAGCGGACCUUUCGAUUACAGAUCAUCAAUACGAUAUCGGCUUGGCUGUGUUCUAUCUCACCUAUAUUUGCAGCGAGCUGCCGAGUAAUUUGGUGCUUAAGAAAGCAUCGCCAAAGAUUUGGCUGCCGUUCUUGACCGCUAUUUGGGGCAUAAUUACCAUGUGUCUAGGAUUCGUACAAAAUUUUGCUGGUUUUGUCGCCGUCCGGGCUUUGUUAGGUAUUGCGGAGGGAGGUCUUCUCCCUGGCAUGGUUCUAUAUCUAUCUUCUUUCUAUAGACGAGGCGAUUUGGCCCUGCGGAUUGGCUUGUUCUACACAGCUGCUUCCCUGUCGGGCGCAUUUGGAGGGCUCCUUGCUCGUGGUCUGGCCGAAAUCGGGCCUCGAGGGGGCAUAGAAGGCUGGCGCUGGAUUUUAAUUAUCGAGGGACUUUUGACAUUUGUUUCUGGAGUAUUGAGUUUCUUUGUCCUUCCAAAUAGCUUGGAGUCUGCGUCUUUCUUGACUGCGGAGGAAAAGGAAUUCGGGGGAGAAAGACUGAGGCUUGAUAAGCCUGGAUCACUAGAAGGAUCCUUGGCGCCUGAGGCAGAAGUGUUCAAAUGGUCCGAAGUGCGUCGAGGUGUGCUAAAUGUACAAGUGUGGCUCUCUGCCUCGGCUUACUUUGCCAUUCUCUCUGGAUUAUACUCCUUUGGCUUGUUUCUGCCAACAAUUAUCAAAAACCUCGGUUUCGCUAAAGAUGCUAACGAGGUUCAACUGUGGUCUGUGAUACCUUAUGCUGUCGCAGCCGUACUUACAGUCGUUGUCGCCAUCAUCUCUGAUCGCCUCCGUCUCCGAGGCGUGGUAAUGCUCUUUACUCUCCCAAUCGCUAUCAUUGGAUAUGCAGUCAUCGCCAACAUUAAAUCUCCUCAUAUUCAAUAUGGCAUGACAUUCCUCAUGGCAACUGGCCAAUACGCCAGUGUACCGUGCAUUCUGGUGUGGUUGUCAAACAACUCUGCGGGGCAUUAUAAAAGAGCCACUACAUCAGCGAUGCAGCUGGCAAUUGCAAAUGCCGGAGGAUUUGUUGCUACUUUUAACUAUCCGUCUCGCGAUGGGCCCCUCUUCCACCGGGGACAUACCAUUAUCCUUGGGUUGUUAGUGUUCGCAUGGUUUAUGAUCCUGCUUAAUGUGCUCUACUGCGCAAAGAUUAAUCGAGACAAAAGAAAGGGUAAGUAUGAUCAAUACGCAGGGUAUAAUGAUGACCGUAACCCGGAGUUUAUGAUGGUUCUAUGA